AUGCCAGUGUACUUUUCAUCUGUUCUAAACGGCAACGACAAUCCAAUUGAUUCAAUUACUCCUCCCUCAACUACCGGUUGCGAAUCUACUCUGUCAGAAUUGAAUCCUUGCCUCGACAACGUUUUAAUUGUUCUUCUAAACCUUGAUACCAACAAAGCAACAGGCCCUGACGGUAUACCUCCCAGACUUCUAAAAGAAACUGCCCAUCAAAUUGCUACAUCGUUAUGUUCUCUAUUUAAUCGAUCUCUCAAUAGUGGCUAUUUACCAGAGGACUGGAAACUGGCUAACAUCAUUCCAGUUUUCAAGAAAGGAGAACAAAACCCACGUUGAGAACUAUCGUCCGAUUUCACUCCUCUGCAUCGUAUCGAAAGUCCUCGAGCGCUGCGUGUUGAGCAAGCUGCGUGUUCACCUGUUGAAACUAAUUAACACCUAACAACAUGGAUUUGUCCCAGGCAGAUCAUGUACCACCCAGCUAGUUGAGGUGCUCAAUUCCAUUGGUUCUCUGUUAGACUCGGGUAAACAAACAGAUGUCAUUUUCGUGGACAUGUCUAAGGCCUUCGACAAGGUCAGUCACGCUGCGCUUAUCGCCAAACUUGAAAGAUAUAAUAUAUCAAUGGAUCUCUGCUCGAUUGGUUUUCUUCUUAUCGAUAUAAUCGUCGACAGCGCGUUACUACUCUUGGUGCAACGUCUUCUGAAAAACCAGUUUCUUCGGGAGUACCUCAAGGCAGUAUCUUUGGCCCCAUCCUGUUCCUCCUCUAUGUAAAUGACCUACCUGAUGUUGUCAAGAACUCAAAUGUUGCCUGUUUUGCUGACGACACCAAGAUCUUUCGUCGCGUGGAUUCUAUCUGUGAUCCUGAUUUACUCCAAACUGAUCUGAGUAACCUAGACAGUUGGUCUACCUCCAGUGGUUUCGUCUUCAACCAACUCAAGUGUAAAUGUCUGCGUGUAACGAGGAAAACCCAGCCCGUUAUUUAUCCGUACGCGAUCAAGGACAACGAACUUACAACAACAUCAGCUGAAAAGGACCUGGGAAUUUGGGUUUCUAGUGACCUUACGUGGACCAAGCACGUUCUGGAACGUUGUACAAAAGCAAACAAACUGUUAGGUUUCGUGAGGAGAAGCGGUAGAGAAAUAACAAACACAAGGACUCGUCGCACACUUUAUCUGUCAGUGGUUCGCCCUGUUCUUGCCUAUGCAAGUCAGGUAUGGUUGCCCCAGUCCAUCGGUCUCAUCAAACGAACAGAACGUAUCCAGAGAAGAGCUUCCAAGUUCAUACUGAAUCUUCCCUUCAUGUGUAGCAAGUCUUACUGUGAUAGGUUGAUCACUUUAGAACUGAUGCUGUUAUCGUACUGGCAUGAGUACAUGGAUCUUGUGUUCUUCUAUAAAGCUAUAAAUGGGCUGGUUGUCAUAUCUGAAGAUGUUCUCCCUAAACCGAUAAUCCCCACGAGAGUAACUAGAUCUUCCAGUGCCAGUGAGUUAUCCUUCCGCCCCCCGAAAUGCAGGACUAGGACUUUCAAGCGAUCGUAUAUUACCCGCGUCACGAGAGUAUGGAAUUGUCUUCCAACAGACUUAAGACAACCAAAUUUAAGUUUAAGUACAUUUAAGAGUUUAUUACGACAAUAUUAUUCGAAAGCCCUGCACAGUUGUUUUGAUGCAGAGGACCCAAGAACAUGGAGAUCUAUAUGUUUAAAUUGUAACUCUUGUCGAAGUUUGACCAAUGUUAUCAACUGUUGUUUUUAGAUAUCUGUAUGUAACCUAUAUGUUAAAAGGGCCCGCAGUAAUUGGUUUUAACUGUUGUGGUGUCCCCGCCAUUCGUCACUUGUAUAGUUUUUUUUGUAUUUGUAUUGUAUGCAUGUCAUUCGUGUAAUUUUUACCUGGCGAAGUUAAAUAAAUAAAUAAAUAAAUAAAUAGAAAAGGUAGGAAAAUGUUCAAACAAGCCAGAUCUGACUUUCUGGGACCUCUCAAUACAGUCAAAGCAUUUACAACUAAUUCAUUGUUUUAACUCUCGUGACAAAACUCAUUGUUUUAAUAGUGCCCAGGAUCCUGGCCUGUGCUAUAGUCUCAUUUAAUUUUUAUUUCUUUAGAUUCUAGCUCCAAAGGCAAAGCCGACUAUCCUCGUAAGUGUCUAUUAUGCUUCUGAAGCCCUAUUAUGCUCGAAAUUAUGCUCGAAAUUAAGCCUAGCCUGUAAUCCAUUAAGUAUCAGGUUGUCCGGGACAAGCCGUAGGAAGACAUUCUGCCCUUAAAAUAUAACCCUUUCAAAUGAAUUAAAUCUUCAUUCAGACAAAACUUUCCCUGUAAAACUUGCCAGAAUUUUAGUAUUGAAGCACACUUACUCGGCUAAGUUGAAUGCAGUUAAUUAAUAAACAAAUUAGUUAACUUUCGGUGCUAUAACUAUAACUCAAGUUACAACAAGUAUUUAAGUUUUGCUGCUCUCCGAUAUCCCUCGCUUCAAGUGACAAAAAAUUCGUUGUGAUAUAGAUAUAUUUCCUGACCUUCGGCAUAUUUUGACGCACGACCUUUAGCCAAGCUCAUUAGUUAAUCACCUAUUGUGAGGAAGGAUUAAAAAGGAUUGAAGGAGGUACGAAGUGUCAAAAUAGACGGGCAUUCUAUAUCAUAAUAAUGAUCCCGACGAAUAAAUAGUUGCAAAAGUAUACCUGCGCGUGCGAUCAACUGUACCCCUAGUGUUGAUCGGCAAUUACAAGUUAGUCAUGAUCAGCUACAAUUUUGCACUGAGAACUUAACCUUGAAGCAAGGAAGUAAACCAUCAAAAGACCUCAAAAUAUAUGUGUAUGUGUAUGUAUAUCAAAUUACUCUGUAAUUCCUCACUUAUAAAAUAUAACCUAGUAUAAUUCGUGAUGACGAUUAAAACAAAUGUAGUUGAAACUUGAAUAUAUGAAAACGUUUCUUUUUUGAAUUGCCGUUGUUCAAAAUCGUCAAUACCGCCAGUAAGUAAAAUACAUGAAAACAGUAAAAGUUCGCGCGACAAUCCAUUAUCAAUCUUCAGCUAGGCAUUAUUUCCUAUACAAUCUCCGUUUUGAUUGUGUAAUUAUGACAUCAUGCCUGCAGAUAUAGCUUUCUGAAUGUAAAUAUGACAUCAAUUCUGCCAGCAAAAACGAGCUUCUUUAGAUGCAGAACAUAGAAAGCCAUGGCCCAUGGCGAGAUUUGUUUCUGUAACUAAAAAAAGAAGCGAAAUACACCAAACGAGCUUACAAACUAAGACAGGCAAAAGAGAAUGAAAAAAUAAGUAAGUGUUAUAACACAACCUUGGCAUUGAUAACUUUCAAUAGCACGCGAAAAAUUAUUAAUUAUUGUUGUAAUAGAUUCGUUGAAGUUUAGUAAAUUCCGUGUAGGCCUUUUCCGAUUGCGCUGAGCACUUUCUGAGCACUUCUUUUAGUUUGGAGCGCUAUUUUGGAGUUGAGCAACCUUGAGCACUUCUUCGCACUUUGGGCAACAUUGGAGCAAUAUUUCACAUUUCGAGCGAAUUUCGAGCAACAAAAAGUCAGCGAUUAUAGAUUCGAUUCGUAUACUAAUUGAAGGGUAUUAUACUAUUAUUAUAUAUAUAUAAUUUAGGUAAAACUCCAAACGAAAAGCCGUACAGCUUCAUAUGACAUUACGGUUAAAAAAUUAGAACGCCGAGUCGCUGACUUUUUCUCCUUUUUUUUUUCGUAAACAACUCCAUAUACGGAAGUUUGUUCCAUGUAUGGAGAAAGACGUGGACGGCAGAUUUUCAAAAAUGUUGAUUUUAAAAAAAUUACGAAAAUGUUAGAAAUAACUGUUCACAAUUUUAGCACUUUUUGAGCACUAUUUUGAGUUUGAGCACUUUUUGAGCACUUUUUAGCCAUUUUUGCCAGCACUUUUUAUAUUUUACCAGCGCAAUCGGAAAAGGCCUAAUUUCGUGUCCGCAUGUCUGCGUUUUCCACCUGACCUGCGUGUCCGCAUGUCUGCGUGUCCGCAUGUCCGCGUUUUCCACCUGACUUGCGUGUCCACAUGUCCGGGUGUCCGCGUUUUCCACCAAACCUAAUUAUAUCGCUCUCAAUGUCAUUCAGUUCUUUAAGACCCGGACGAGAGUUCUUAGCUAGAAGAAGAACUAGGGUCGCAGUUCGCCUGAACAAUAUCAUCAGUUCUCACGUUUUCGCAAGCUACUCCCUGUCGGGCAGCCAUGUUUACAUAUAAAUGUUACGCGGUCUACUGAGACCAAAUGAACUGAUUUUCGUGCAAAAUGAGCCUCAGCAAGCAUCCACAGGGGAUUGCGGGCUCUGGUUUCGAGAUUGAUUUGGCGCGCUGCAAGUGACAAAAGGCCUUUCCACCAGUGAACUCAAAAGACCUGGAACGAUAACUCGGCCGCCUUCUUUGAAGCCAAAUUGAAGGCCGCCAUUACACGUCAGGCCUCGAAAAUACACCCCAUUUCCGCUGGAUGUUUUCUCAUACAUCAAAGUUACAAUCAAACAAAAGCAAAGUUUAAAAAGCUUCAAUCUCACCUGCUCUUUUAUAAAAAAAACAUUUUCGAGGAUACAAAUCAACUUUAAGCAUCUUUUUUAAGGAGUUAAAUGUUGAAGUUUUGUUCGGCGCGUUUAAACUUGUGCAAUAUUUGCAAUAUGAAACUGACACCUCAGAAGUUUCCCCUUUAAAUGGACGUAAAACACUAAAAACUAUCCGUGUAUAUGUUUUAAAGCUUUAGAUUUAACGCUAUCUAACGAAAACUAUCAUUUUUCUACCUAUUUUUUGGAAAAAGCCGAGUCCAAAGUGAAUUCUACUAGACCCAGUCCUUUUUCUGGAAAUUCAGAGUGUCAACAAAUGCGAAAUAUUUUCGAAAAUAUAUAAAAAAACACGUUAAAAUUUUUUUUUUACUUGGUGCUGAGAUAUAAACAUGCCUUUUGCUUGUGUACUUUUGUGCUGUAACAGCAAGCAAAAACCAGUUAAAAAGAAGACAAAAAAACACAACCAACACUGGAAAAAAGAUUGCAUUUCACAGGUGAGGCGUUCAGGAUAUUUGAAAAUAACAACAACAGAUUUAAUCUUAUCACAUUGUAAAAAUAAACAUAAAUACACAUAUAAAAUAUUAAAUAAAUACUUUUAAGUGACAUAAUUUGAGAAUAAAUUGUCACAUAUUUGUGCACUUAAGCAAUUGUAUUUAAUUAAAUUUUAAUAUAAACAUUACUGUUUACAGCUGCUACACUAUGGUAUGUACAGUACAAGGCUAUAAAGUACUAAGGACAACUACUAAUUAGUUUUAAAGUAGAGACCUUUUGUAAACUAGCAUCAGCUAAGGAUCUAUUUAAAUACAAAUAUAAAGUAAGCAUAAUAAUUAUGUACAUACAUAUACACAUACACUCACGCAUUGUAAUUUACACUGCAUUUAUUUAGAUUCCCUCUAAAUAACCCAAAAGUUCUUGGAAAGUGGGAGAAAGCAGUCCGCGAAGUAAACAACUCUCCUGAUUGGAAAGCAACACGAUAUACAUACAUCUGCAGCAAGCACUUCCCACAAUCCGAUUACAUUAUUCCUCCUUCUGAAAAUGAAAGCUGCAGGUUGAAAUCCACAGCUGUACCCACUAUAUUCAAUUCAUCAAGCAACUCAGUCUAUGGCAUCCCUAAAAAAUUAAGAAAAAAGAUAGAACAUCCAUGUAAUCUAGAGGUGUUGACAACCGUAUCAUCUCUUGAUAUUGUCAAGCAUGACCAUACCUACUGCAAAAAAGCCAACACCAUAGAAGAUUUGGAAAAAGACCAAGAUAGGAAAACCCUAGAGGAUAAACGAAAAAUAAAAAUAAAGGCUUGCAGCAACAAUAAGGCGAACUAA